AUGGGGUGGGACGGGUUCCUUUCAAAAAAAUAAAAAAAAAACUGAGGUGGAACGGGGUAAGUAUAUCGGAGAGAAAACCCCCGAUUAUUCUCAGAUUUCGAUCACCAUAGUUAUGGAAACGAUUUCAAGAAAAUGAAGCACCAUUAAAAAUUUGUUCAUCUUGAUUCUAAAAGCUCAACCAAGAUUCAAGAUGAAUAUCACUUUGGGUCACAAUUUGACAGCAAAGUUCAUUCUCUUUCUACUCACGAUUUUGAUACGAGUCAGCAUUAACUCAGUGUCAGCUGCUACUUGCGAUUAUGAUACUCUUGAAGGCAACAAAAUAUACAGUUACAGUUUGACUUCUCCUAUUAAGAAUCUUCCUCAUGGAAUUCUCAGCGAAGAUGGGUUUUACAAAAUAGCUGCAAAUGAUACUAUCAUCUGGUUUCAGCUUUGUGAUGGACUGAUCUUCAAUCAUGACCCUCCAAGAUGUGUUGAUUGUUGGGAUUGUGGGGGGCCAUCACGUUGCGGAAUGGAUUGCAGUGCCCUUGUGGCUAAAUACACUAGAGGAUACUAUGCAUGCACAACAAUAGGACGUGGGAGGAAUUUCGACAUCAAUCUAACAGAUAGGAAGACUCCAGAUAAGGGUGUCACAAUUACAAUGUCAAACAAUGCUGAUGGAGCUAACUGUUCGCUUACUGUGUCUGUUGUUUGUGAUCCAAAUGGUGUUAGGGAUCCGGAGUCACUCCAAACACUAGGCAAAUGUCACUAUGCCACUGAGAUAAGACAUCCCUCAGGCUGUCCCAAGAUUGCAGGUCGUAGAACAGGAAUGGGAUGGUUUGGAGUCCUUUUGACAAUGUUAGUACCAACCAUUGUUGUGCAGUGUUGGAGCCUAUUUGCUUAUAGGUGGAAUCUACAGAUAUUUUUCUCUUGGAAUUCGUGGUUUAGAUGUUAUCCCGAACUUAGAUUUUUGGAUCAGCGUACCAGAUCGAGUAAAGAGUGCUUUUAUGUCCUUGGUGCAAAGGUUUAGAGGACCUACUUACCGUCACAGAAAUUCAUAUUCUUCAGUUAACUUCUGAGUUCACAUAUCUUUUCAAGUGCGGUGUCGUGAACAAGGCUAUUGCCUUCGAGAUGAUUGCAAACUGCUUCAGAAGCCGAGCAUUAUAUUUUUGUCGAAGAUGUGUUAAUACUGUUGAUGAUCGCUUUUUCAUCAUAGAACAGGUACCAUUUGUCUUCCCUUGUAUCCGAUUCGAUUGUACGAUAUUACAUAUUUUGAUCAAAUGCAAAUAAUAUGUAUUUCGUGGAAUUUUCAUUGAAAUUUAUCCUAAUUUAACGCAUGUGUGCUCUCAACAAUAAACAUACCAUGCUUCAAACUGAGUCGUUACGAGACUGUAGAUGUUUUUGAGAAACUUCCCCGUCAAACUCGAAUCUCUUGAUUUUUGUGACUAAUAGAGUUUUAGAUGAGUUGAUUUUUGCUGUAGGGUUAGCUUUGAACUUGGUUGAUUUGAGUUUGUAAUUGGUCGUUGUGGUCUGUUGUUGUUGCAAUACACUUACGCAUUGAGUAAUGUACUCUCCGGCCUGGAAAUAACAUUACAAUUAUUUCAAAAUAAUAUUGGUAUUGGGUUGAAUUAUAUUCACUUUAUUUUUAUCGCUAGUAGGUGAUUUACCUAUUAAGUCCAUUCAGAAUACUUUUUUUGAUUGGAUGUCAAUUAAUCAUCCCGGGGGGAUAUUGUGUCUAAAAUUAAGAGGGACAACAUUGAAGAGCAAGUAUCUCAUAGGUUUCAAUUGCCUCUUAUAAUGGGGAUUGGUCACUUUACAAUCAACUGGAAAUCGCUUAUAUUUGAAGCUUUUGACCCAACAAAUGUUUACACCUCUGUCCACCUGACCACCUCAACCUGCAUCUGUCCCCACCUCCACACUCCAUACCUAGAGCUGUUCAAAUGUAACCCACCUUGAAAAGCCGAAUCGAAGUUGUAUCCAAAUCUGUUGGUAACCAAAAAACUAGAAAACUGAAUUCGAGUAGCAAAUGAUUUUUAUAACUGACAUAUAACCAUUAAUUGAGAAGGGCAAAUUUUGACAAGAGUGGGUACUACUUGGUAAAUGACAACUUACUAUUAGUGAUGAUUUUUUUGAUUUGGCAAAUCUUAGUUGUCCCAUUGUGAGAAUUUAAUUAUAAGUAGGAAGUCCAUUUCUAACUCUCCUGUGCUUUUCCUAGGAUUUUUAAUUUCAACAAUAUUAUUAUUAGUUGCUUCACAAUUUCUCAAAUGACACUGACUUACAGUGAGGUUAUUUCUAUCGGGCUAAUCAAUAUACACUUUCAGUCUUAAAUUGAUCACUUAUAAAUAAGGUUGUUAGGAUCGAAAUUCUAUCUAGGAUCGUUGAGGGGUAGGAUCGAAAUCGGCGAAAUCGGAUCGUAGGAUCGUGUGAUCCUACAAAUAUGAUUAAUGUACUUUGGAUUACUAAUUAUCAAUUAUAUUUGUUCUCUUUUCCGGUUUUAAGUGUAUGUAAGAACAUAUUUUACUUCAUCUAUUAUGUUUUGAAAAAAAAAAAGAAAUUUAGUAAUCAUUUUUAAAUUGCAAAUCAAGAAAAACUUGAAUUUUUAUAAAGGUAUUGAUAUAAUUAUUUUAAAUAUAUAUUUAUACGUAAGUGAAAUCUAUAUUAUAUGAAAAUAUUUUAUGAUUGAAAUACCCAUUUAGGAUCGGAUCGUAGAAUCGUGUUAGGAUCCUACCACCUAAAUUCUUGAGCUAAGUAGGAUCGCACGAUUCUACCACAUUAAGAUCCUACCUACGAUUCGAAUCGGUCGCCUGUUUUUAGAUUGUAAGAUUGUAGAAUCGUAGAUUAGAGUCGGGAUCCUGAUAACUGUGCUUACAAACGUUGGCCAAUUAUAAAGUGAUCACUUUAAUAGUUUUAAAGUGAUCAUUUAUAACCCUAAAGUGAUCACUUACAAUCUUAAAAUGAUCAAUUAGAAAAAAAUAAGUUGAUUGUACAGACUUGUGUCAUGGUGAAACAGUUUCAUACAAGAUGAGCUGUAAUAUAAUUAAAUUAUGUUUUCUGGCUUGUUUGAUACUUUUGUCCCUUGGACCCUAUUAUGUUAGUUAAUCAUUCUGUUAAUCUCUCUGUUAAUUAACAAAUUAUCAACUAAUCUUAGCACUACGGAAUUUGAUUCCUCCCCUAUGGUCUUAAUUUAUGUUUGAAUGGUACCAAGUUCUUUUCAGGCUCCUUUCUUCCAUCUAUAGUAAGGUCUAAGUUGCAAGUCAAUUAGAGUUGAAUAUUUUAUGGUUGUAAGUUAAGAUUGUCUUCCUUACAACUUCUUCUAAAGAUUUGAGAUGAUGAUAUUAACUUUUAUACUUAUUUGUGUACGUCUUCGUAUCAUCAUACCCAAUAAAUUAUACUCUAAACCUAUAAUAAAAAAUCUGGGAGGGAAGAAAACACCAUAGUAUAUUCUGAAUUAAGGGUUAAAAAGGUUGCGGUUUGUGAGACCCAAUCUUAGUUUUAGGACAUGUAUAACAAGACAAAUAACUUAAAGAGUGUAAGUAUAAAGAUUAAUAAGAGCCUAAAGAAAUAUAAAAUAUAUAUAAAUUCAAUAAAGAUAAUUGUCAAUAGUCUAGGACACAAAUUCUUUAGGGCUAGUUUUAGGAAAAAUAAGUUAAGAUAAUUUUAUUAUCAAUUAACUUAAACUAAGUUCAUAUUAAAGAGGGUUAAAUUGGUGAAUUUUUAAAUUGUUUCCAUUUAUUUUCAAGUCUACUAAGUAUAGAAAACACUCAUAAGUUGAGAUAAAUUGAUGAUUAUUACCGUUUUGUAAGAUUGACAUAGCAUGUCAUGUGACCUAUGCUUACUUUGCAUUUGCGGCACGACACAUAACAUAUGGGAUCGUGUCAUCCCACAUGUUAUUGUUUCAGGUGGCCGAGGCGACACAACACAACUAGUUACUAUACAUGGCUUGUCACUUCAAAUACAUGACUUACUCCUACAUGACCCACAACAAUCCUGACACUGACACAAUUUUUAUGUGUAUUUACAACUAUUCUAAAACUCUAGACUCUCUUGAUUCUUUUACCUAAAAUAAUUUGUUUCAUUUGAUAUCAGUAAUUACAAUUAUUUUUAUGUCGAUUUUUUUUUGUAAAUUUCUCUUUUAUUUGCAAAAACAUUUUUAUACUCUACUGGUAGUAACCAAUUACGUACUAACCAAUCUUUAUUUUUG